CGCCGCCAUCCCGCCGCGCCCCCGCACACAGGCACCCCGCCCGGCCGCCGCGCCGCGCCGCUCGCAGGGCGCCCGCCCAUGGCUGACAGGAGCCUCGUCGAGGGCGGCGAGCCCUGCCCGCGCCGGGAGGAGGCUCCGGAGUGGGGCUACGAGGAGGGCGUGGAGUGGGGGCUGAUUUUUCCCGAUGCUAACGGGGAGUACCAGUCACCGAUUAACCUGAACUCGAGAGAAGCUAAAUACGACCCCUCGCUCCUGGAAGUGCGUUUGUCGCCGAACUACGUGGUGUGUCGUGACUGCGAAGUGAUCAACGACGGGCACUCCAUUCAGAUUGCCCUGAAGUCUAAGUCAGUGUUAAUAGGGGGGCCAUUGCCUCGAGGACAUGAGUUUGAACUACAUGAUGUUCGGUUUCACUGGGGGAGAGAAAAUCAGCGUGGUUCUGAACACACAGUUAAUUUUAAGGCCUUUCCCAUGGAGCUUCAUCUAAUGCACUGGAACUCCACACUGUACAGCAGCAUUGAUGAGGCAGUAGGGAAGAAGCACGGCAUAGCUAUUAUUGCUUUGUUUGUGCAGAUAGGAAAAGAGCAUGUAGGCCUAAAGGCUGUAACUGAAAUUCUCCAGGACAUCCAGUACAAGGGAAAGUCCAAAACAAUACCCUGUUUUAAUCCCAACUCUUUAUUACCAGAUCCUCUGUUGCGUGACUACUGGGUGUAUGAGGGCUCUCUAACCAUUCCACCCUGCAGUGAAGGUGUCACCUGGAUAUUAUUCCGUUAUCCUUUGACUGUGUCCCAAGUGCAGAUAGAGGAGUUUCGUAGACUGAGGACACAUGUUAAAGGUGCUGAACUUUUAGAGGGCUGUGAUGGAAUCCUAGGAGAUAACUUCAGACCAACUCAGCCACUUAGCGAUAGAAUCAUCAGGGCUGCAUUUCAGUAGCAGAAGAGGAAGAACAGCAAAAAUAAUCCUUUAUUCAAAAAGUGGGAAGACAAUGCUCCCACAGUGCCCUCAGAUGAGAAAUGGAAACUUUUGAGGCUGCUUCAGUUGAACCACAAAGCCUGUAUUGUUUGUCAUCAUCUAAUUCAGCCUUGAUAGACAGCUGUGACAGUUGGUCUGUGUGAAAUUCUGUUGGCCCAGUGAAAUUCUGGGAAUGGGGCUGUACAUUAAGAGAAGAAAUCACAUUAAAUCUUCCAAUUCACAGUUAACUAUUUUAAAAUGGUAAUUAUCAUUGCUUAUAUAUAGUUACUUUGCCAUAGCAUUCAAUAGUGGUUUGUGAUCCAAGUAGUAUUAAUUUUAAGCUUGGUAUGAAUGUUAAUAUGUAGAAAUACUCAUUAUUAUUUUGAAUGUUAGAUUUAAUUUUAUUCCAUAUCAUCUCUUGUGCUGUCAGUAACCAUCUUUUCUGUAGAGGGGAGGUGCGUUCUGUAAAACUAAUAAAAACAUUGUUUGUUCACAGUGAGUAUUAUACAAAUUCAAAAUUAAUUUUUGGGCAGAAAGGAGCACUUUUCUGCCAAACCUAUGCCCUUAACACGAUUUAUCUGAAUAAAGCUGGAUGACAUUUGCAUUACUAGGAACCUUACUGAAAUAAAGGACAAUUUUGAAGCAAGGAAAAUUAACUGGUAUAACAAUAAACAAAAUCAUCUGGA